AUGGCUGAUUCUUCCCCAAAGGUUGCAGAAGCAGAACGCAUCGAGUCACCUGAUGCCAUAGACCUCAAAGCACAAACCCUUGUCGACCAAAUCAAGAAAAGCAAACACUUCAUCGCUUUCACAGGAGCAGGUGUCUCUACUUCUGCCGGUAUCCCCGAUUUCCGAGGCCCGGAAGGAGCAUGGACCCUCAGGGCUCAAGGAAGACAGAGGACGGGAAAGACUGUUAGCACUCUACAGGCUAUUCCAACGCCUACUCAUAUGGCACUUGUGGAUCUUCAGAAUCGAGGGAUUUUGAAGUACUUGCUUAGUCAGAAUUGUGACGGCUUGCACAGGAAGAGCGGGAUCACGUCUGAUCGGAUAUCUGAGCUACACGGUAACAGCAAUCGUGAGUCAUGCAAAGAUUGUGGUAAAGAAUACAUUCGAGAUUUCCGAGCUGUCGCUACCUACGAAAAAACCGUCCACGAUCAUCGCACUGGGCGAAAAUGCGCUUGUUGUGGCGGCGUUCUGCUCGACAGUAUCGUAAAUUUCGGGGAUUUUCUGCCUGUUGAAGUACUCGAACGUGCUCGCAGCAAUGCCAAACGUGCGGAUCUUUGCUUGGUUCUCGGAUCCUCCCUCACUAUACCUCCCGCAAGCGGUAUUCCUGAGAUAGUUGGCAAGAGGAAAGGUGGCAAGUUAGCCAUCUGCAAUCUUCAGAGUACACCUAUCGAUGGACUUGCAGAUGUCCGCAUCUUCUCGAAAGCGGAUGAUUUGAUGAUUCGCAUCAUGGAGAAGCUGGAUAUCCCUAUCCCGCCGUUCAUCUUGCAUCGUCGCUUGAUGGUCGAUUUCACAUCAAAAGAUGAGCGACAUCAAUUGAAAGUCUAUGGCGUCGAUGAAGAUGGUACUCCUGCCACGUUCCUUCAAUCCGUCAAGCUUGAGUACAACAGACGUUUGCUGAAGUCCGAGCCAUUUGUAUUCAACUUUCGAGGUGCCAUGGAUCUUGGGCUGAAACUGAAGCUUGAGCUAGAAUUCAUGAGACAUUAUGGCGAGCCUAAUUUGGACAUUGUCUGCGAGGCUCACGAAGGUGGAGAUGAACAAACUCUAUAUCUCCUCGACUACGAUCCGGUGACUGGCGAGUGGAAGACCAGCAAGCAGCGUGGUCAAGCAAAUAGUGAUGGAGAUGAUGCCAAGGAGGUGAUAGAUCUUACCGACGAUACCCUUUGA